AAUAGAUUAUUAAUAUUGUAAGUUUAGUUUAGAAUAUAAGUAUUGGUAUACAAUGCGUGCUUUCAAUGGAGCGAUCAAUUAUUUUCUAUCGUGCGACAGUAAUGGAGCGCGUCGAUUUUUAACAAAACUUCCCCCGAAUAUUAGAAGAAAUGGAAAGACAGACAAGAUCUGCUCGCACGUCGAGAUUCCUAUACUGACAAGAUGCUGCUUCUGUCUACCGCUGAGGAAAGGCCUGAUCGCUUUUGCAUACGUCAAUUUGAUGCUUACAUUAGCUGUGACGUCACUGCUUUCAAUAUACAUCUCAGCGAUCCGAAACACGAAUAUUCCUAUGCCAGAUGGGUCGGAGUACCCCCGCCUGAUCGCCGACACCACCGCCCUCGUGCUGGAGGUCGGAAUGACCGUAGUCUUCAUAGUUGCAUUGCAUAUGAAACAUGUACUACUGAUGAAGAUCUACUUGUACUUCGAGAUCGUGUUUUCAAUGAUUGGCUUCGUGUACAGCCUCGCUUUCCUCACUCGAGAGACCGCCAGUGAAUUAUUCCUGAUAUUGUUCCAACUGAUGGUGCAGAUUUAUCUCGUGAUCCUGAUCUGGAGUACUAUAGUGAAAAUGCAACGUGAUGGAGUCGUGAAGUAUACGCGGGAACAAGGCACCGUCUAGUAACAUGUUGAUCUCAGAUUAUAAAACGAAACGCACCAACAAAAGCGAAUGUGUUUCCCGGUAAUGUGUGAUAUUAACAAUUAGGUAAUAAUCGUACGUCAUCUUAUAUAUUAAUAGCGUAAGCCGAUUUUUGUCCCAGUGAUUAUGGGACGAUAGCUGCACAUAAAAAAUCGGUUACGUCUCAUUUUGAACAGCUCCAGCCGUAUAUGUGUAGAAAAUUUAGAGGAUUAAUGAUUACUAUUUACUAAAUUGUUCCAAUUUAACAAAUAAUUAAUUUUAGAGUCAGGAAAAAAGUUACUGGCCGGUUAGGGAGCGGUGCUACGGCUGUAUAAGAAAAAAAAAACUCUUUACUAAUAA